AUGCAGCAUAAAGGCAUCAUGUUGAUUCUGUUCUUGGAAUACUUUAUUUCUGGACAUGGGGAAGCAGAUCCCACGAGACCACGAGCCUUCCGCUGCAAUGGCCGUGCCUGCAACCCUCCAGUGGGAAACCUGGCCACGGGAAGGACACCAGUGACCACCACCACGUGUGGCCAGAACAGCACAGAGCUCUACUGCUUCUACCCAGACCAGAACCUUCUCCACCACAUCUCCCCUGGCUGUGGGCAGCCCCGCUGCACCAAAUGCAACACCAACCAGCCCGAUAACUCCCACCUCCCUGCUGACAUGACAGAUGAUUUCUUUGCAAACCCCAUCUCCUGGUGGCAGUCUGCCCAAGGGGUACACAGAGAAGAAAUCCGAGUGGACUUUGAAACAGAAUUCUACCUGACCCACAUCAUCGCUGUGUUCAAGUCACCUCGCCCGGCUGCGAUGGUGUUGGAGAGAUCCCAGGAUUAUGGGCAGACUUGGAGGCCCUACAAGUAUUUCUCUGUCAACUGUACAGCUACUUUUGGGCUCCAGGACGAUCUCGUUGAGGAAGGCUCCAUGUGCACCUCCAGGUAUUCAGAUGCAGUGCCCUGCACCAGAGGGGAGGUGAUUUAUCGUGCCUUAAGUCCAGCUAACAAGAUCGAAGACCCUUACAGUCCUGAGGCUCAGGAUCUCCUGAAGCUCACCAACCUCCGCCUGCUUUUGUUAAAAAGACAGGAAUGUCCAUGCCAUGGCCCAGGACUGGUAGAGAAACCCCAAAGAUUUGCCCACUAUGCUAUUUAUGACCUGAUCAUCCGGGGAAGCUGCUUUUGCAAUGGGCAUGCAGAGGAAUGUGAGCUUGCCAACAGGACGGGGGUCAUGGAGAACAUGGUCCACGGGAAGUGCGUGUGCAGACACAACACGGCCGGGGACCACUGUGAGAAAUGUGCUCCGCUCUACAACGACCAGCCUUGGAAGCCAGGAGAUGGGAAAACAGGGGCACCAAAUGAGUGCAGAAAGUGCCGCUGUCACAACCACGCCGAGAGCUGCCACUUCGACCUGAGCGUUUGGCUGGCCUCGGGGAAGCGCACUGGGGGAGUGUGUGACAGCUGCCAGCACAACACGGAGGGACAUCGGUGCCAGAGGUGCAAACCAGGCUUUUACCGGGACAGAGGGAAGCCCAUGUCUUCUCCAGACGUCUGCAAACCCUGUGCCUGCCAGCCCGUGGGUUCAGCCAAUGCCACGUUCAGCAGCAGCUGGAGAUGCCACCCCCGGACAGGAUUCUGCUACUGCAAACCAGGAGUGGCAGGUCCCAAGUGUGACAGGUGCCUCGUGGGCUACUGGGGCUUUGGAGAACACGGCUGUCAGCCCUGUGACUGUGCCAGAGACUGUGACCAGCGCACUGGGACCUGCUUCAAUGGCUAUGACACUGAGCCCUUCUUCCACAUCCCCAUCGGGGGACGGAUCUCUGACCUCGUCCAAACACCAACCAACGAGAGCGAAGAGGAGUGGAAAUGGAACGACCACGAGCAGGGAUUUUCUGCACUGAGGCACCCAGAAAAGUGUGUGUGCAAGGAAAAGGUGCUCAGAAGCGUCAGUGACUUCUGCCAAAUGAAAUAUGCCUAUGUAAUAAAAGCAAGAAUCCUAUCUGCUCAUGACAAAGGGACCCAUGCAGAAGUUGUUGUGAAAGUGAAGAAGGUCCUGAAAUCAGGCAAAGUGAAAAUUGCUCGGAGCAACAGAAGCAUUUACCCAGAAUCCUGGACCAACAGGGGCUGUACAUGUCCCAUUCUCAAUCCUGGUACUGACUAUCUUAUAGCAGGCCAGGAGGACUCUAGGACUGGCAAACUCCUUGUGAAUAUGAACAGCCUGGUGAAACCCUGGAAGGCAUAUUUGGGUAAACAAGUAUCAGAUAUUCUUCAAACUGGAUGCAAAUAA